UGAGGGGUUUCUGUUAGUCUGUGAACAAGUCUUACAAAGCAGUUGUUUGUGAACGUAGGCAGGUUUCGGCUUGACGGGAGCUGUUAUUGUUUUAUAACUGGUUGUUAUCCUGUGGUGUAAGGAAUGGAGUCGGCACUGCUUUUAUUACCACCACAUUUACAAACACCGGGAUCUCGGUGUUGCAUGUUACCGGCUCCGGUACAAAGGAGUGAGCCGCAGGAAGUGAUGGCUUUGUCUCAGCUGUCUUGUCGUCAGGAUACCGGCAGGACUGUAGAGCAGGCAACACGGAUUGUACGGGAUCCAAAUACCGGGAGGUGUUACUGCAAGGGCCGGCUACUGGGAAAGGGUGGAUUCGCUCGGUGUUACGAGAUGACUGACACUUUAAGCAGCAAGACUUAUGCUGUGAAAGUUAUUCCACAUAGCAGAGUGGCAAAGCCCCACCAAAGGGAAAAGAUUGUUAAUGAGAUUGAAUUGCACAGGGUCCUGCACCACAAACACAUUGUGAAGUUCUCACAUUAUUUUGAAGAUAGUGAAAAUAUCUAUAUAUUUCUGGAACAUUGUACUAGAAAGUCACUGGCCCAUAUAUGGAAAACAAGGCGCACAUUGACAGAGCCAGAAGUACGCUAUUACCUCAAACAAAUUAUCUCUGGGUUGAAAUACCUGCAUCACAGAGGGAUUCUUCACAGGGAUUUGAAGCUUGGUAACUUUUUCGUUAACGAGAGCAUGGAGUUAAAAGUUGGGGAUUUUGGACUGGCAGCAAGACUUGAGCCAAGAGACCUACGAAAAAAGACAAUUUGUGGCACUCCCAACUACUUGGCUCCAGAGGUUUUGAACAGAGAAGGCCAUGGACCAGAAUCUGAUGUUUGGUCGCUUGGCUGCGUAAUGUACACUUUGCUGUGUGGGACACCCCCUUUCGAGACUUCCAAUCUUAAAGAAACCUACAGGUGCAUUAAGCAAGUUGAAUAUGUUAUGCCAGUACACUUGUCAACCCAUGCAAAGCAGUUGAUCAGUGGGAUUCUGAGGCGCAAUCCAAACGACAGACUAACUUUGUCAGAGAUCUUGAGUCAUGACUUUUUCACAAAAGGUUACACCCCAGACAGGCUGCCCCCUAGCAGCUGUGUGAUAGUACCAGAGCUUACUCCUCCCCAUCCAGCCAAAAACUUCUUCAAAAAAGUUGCAAAGAGCUUGUUUGGAAAGAAUAAAUCCAAGGCAGAUACUGUAACGGAAGACAAGGAGAUCUCAAAGCUUGUUACCAGCCUUGUGAAGACUUCAAUCAGUAGACAGAUGAGCUAUAGAACUGAAGGAUAUGAGACCACAUUGCCGACUGGACAAGUGGCAAACUUUAGUCCUGUUGAGCCAGAGGAAGGAUCUGGAAAAUCCAGUUUACCUACAAUGAGAGGGACCAUGGCGAGCAGCAAUGAUUUGCUUGAGGACUGCAUCACUGCAUCUAGUGUUACAGAGUCUGCUGUUUCAUCUCUAAGGAACUGCUUGUCUGUUAUGCCCGCAGCCUUACGGAAUCCACAAUGUCUGUUCCGAUCGAAGCCUCUUCUUUGGGUGACAAAGUGGGUAGACUAUUCAAACAAGUAUGGCUUUGGCUAUCGUCUUUCCAGCAGGAGUGUUGGUGUUCUUUUUAACAAUGGGACACACAUGAGCCUCUCUGCAGACCAAAGAACUGUACACUACUACUUGACAAACGCUAAGUACUUUGCAUUUCCUGUGUCUGCCAUCCCUGAGCAGCUGAAAGAACAGAUGAGAGUCUUAAAGUAUUUUGCAGACUACAUGGAAAACCAUCUUAUGGAGGGUGGAGACUUGCCAAGUGCAGAAGAACAAGGUGCUUACCCUCUGCUGCUUUUACAGUGGGUGAAAACGGACCAUGCCUUGCUGAUGCUGUUCAGCAAUGGCACUGUUCAGGUUAACUUCUAUAAUGACCAUACAAAGAUUAUUCUGUACAAGCAGGAGCACUCUUCAUUUCUCACUUACAUCAACAAAGACAGAGUCUCCUACACGUACCCAUUGACUAGCAUUGCAGAGAAUGGCUGCUCACCAGAGCUUCAGCACCGAAUUACAUAUACUUUGAAACUGUUACAGCAGAGAGCAGACACCUAGUGUGGACAGAGGAAAUGGAUUACCAAUGUAGACCCUCCAUUAAUUCAUUGCUUCUUCUGUGGAGCAUCAUGAAUAACAAAGUUAUUGCUGAGAUGUCUCAGUGUUCUUUUUUUAUUUUCCCUUUAUUUUGUACUUUUGGCCAGUGUCUGGCCAUUAUCCGAACUCGGUUCCUGCAUGUGUGUAAUAAUUUGGAAGAUGCAGGUCUACACAAGUCUGAGAAAGGUGCAGGAAACCUCUCGUACUCUACUGCCGUAUAGAUUUGAUAUGUUCUCUGCAAUCUGGACUCUUAACUGAGAGGAAAGUCUGCUGUAAAUAUGUAUUUUGAAUAUCUGUAUAAACUGUUCAUUAAUGUGGAAAAUGGCCUUUUAAUAGGCUUUCUGAUUCUUUAUGUAUUCACUACUUGUAUGUAAACUAAACAUCUGGGAAAAUGAGAAGCCCCCCCCCCCCCCCAUGGGACUG